AUGGUGUGGAGGCAGGUAUCUGAUACCCAAUGGGAGCGUCCAUUGGAUGGUCUAGAAGCCUUCUUCGUCGUCACUGCCAAUAUGUCCGCAAGUCUCUGCGACGGCAGAGAACACUAUACACUCUUCGCCUCUCUCAAUCUCCAAAUCAAUUCUCAUGACGUUGAAUCAGACCUUCGGCAUGCUUGGAAGCAACUGCGUCACGAACAACCUCAGAUCGCUACUACAAUCCAAGACAUGAAGAGAGUUUACGCCAUCACGGAUGAACACGGCUUGAACCGCUGGCUCACAGAAACGUUCAUUGUUUCCGAUGCCUUGAAUGCUGAAGAAAUGCAAAAGGUUACUCAACCUAUCAAACAAACUACACUUUGCUACGUCCCCAAGUCCUCGGAACAUGUGAUACGUGGUCGUCACUAUACCAUAGGCUGCACAGGAAUGGGGCUACUCUGUCACAGCUUCCUCAACGCACUAGCGCAUCCUGAUGAAGAUAUUACCUUUGGAGACGAGCCUGUACGUUUGGCACCAAUCAUGGAAGAAGUUCUCGGGUUUUCAGAACCGUCAGCCCAAGCAAGAGAAAAAGGCGAGGAGUUACUCGAACUCGGCUCUGCGCCAUCCGGAAACUGUCAAAACGCGGAGCUUGUUUUCUCACCCGAGAGAACUGAUCUCUUAGUCAAAGCCUGCCACCGUAAAGGCACCACGGUCACUUCAGCAAUCCACGCAGCAUAUGUCUCUACACUCAUGGAAUACGCAGAUACCGAUUCAGAAAAGUAUCGAUAUACAUCUAUGAAUCAAUUCAACCUUCGUCCUUAUCUUCCUUCGCCGUACAACUCCAAGUUCCUCAAGGCUCCUGCACCCAAAGACGCUCUUGUGAGCAGUCUGGGCAUUGUUGAAAACUUCAUCAAUCGUGAGUAUGCAUAUAAUAUUAAGGUUAAGGGCUUCAAGUUUGGAGCGGACAUUGUGCUGGGCAUGUCGAUCUUAUUUUUCUACACAUUUCAGGGUAGGUUGAGGCUGGUGUAUAGUUUCAAUGACGGAUUCGAGAAGGCCGAGGAUAUAAAGAUUUACUCGGAAAGGAUGGAGCGGAGACUGAUCGAAGAGUUCCGGUUAUAA